GGGCUGCCCUCAGUUAGCGACCGGACGUGGGACUGAGCUGUUGUCUGUGGUGGCUAGGACGCGGGGAGGUCGCUGAGCGCGUCACCGGAGUCGUUUCUUUUCAGCCUUCGGGUAUCCAGGGUCCAGCCCCGGACCGGACUUGUCGACGCCAUCUCGUUCCCUCUCAGCUUCCGAACGUGAGCCGGGGACUCACACCUCACCUCGGCGCCGGCCCCGCGAGGGGGAGGCAGGAUGGAGUUCAAGCUGGAGGCUCACCGCAUCGUCAGCAUCUCCCUGGGCAAGAUCUACAACUCGCGGGUCCAGCGCGGCGGCAUCAAGCUGCACAAGAACCUGCUGGUCUCGCUGGUGCUGCGCAGCGCCCGCCAGGUCUACCUGAGUGACCCGUGCCCGGGCCUCUACCUGGCCCGUCCCGCGGGGAGCCCGGCGGUGUCGCCGCCGCAGCCCGGGGAACCGGCGGCCGGGCCGCCCGCGGGCUGGGGGGAGCCGCCCCCGCCGGCCGCCCUUGCCUCCUGGCCCGACGCCGAGCCGCAGCCGGAGCGCCUCGCUGGCCCCGCCGAGCCCGCGGCCCCGGUGACGGGCGCCGGGGACACUCCUCGGGGCGGAGGCGCGGAGGCGGCGGAAGCUGCCUGGCGCUGCGUGGAGGGACCGCGCGAGGCGGCGGAGGGAGGAGCCGGGGGCCCCGCCGGAGGCUCGGACGGCUUCCCCGAGGGGCCUCGUGGGGCGCGCCGUCCCUGCGGCUGUCUCCCGGGAACGGAGGAGCGGCCAGGGCCGCUGGGCGCGUGCCCCCGACUUGACUGCUGCUGCGCGCCGCGGCCCGCCGAGGACGAGCCCCCAGCACCGCCCGCCGUCGGCCCCCGGAAGCGCGGCGCGGCGGGCGUGGGUGGCGGCCCCGGGGACUGCCCGGCGCCCGGUUCCAGCCCGAGGAAGAAGCCGCGCCGGAACUCGGAGGAGCAGCCGGGCGGGGCGGCGGCCGCGGCGGAGGAGGAGGAGGAGGAGAUGGAGACCGGUAACGUGGCUAACCUCAUUAGCAUCUUCGGUUCCAGCUUCUCGGGACUCUUGCGGAAAAGCCCCGGGGGCGGCCGGGAGGAAGCUGAAGGAGAGGAGAGCGGUCCGGAAGCCGCCGAGCCCGGGCAGAUCUGCUGCGAUAAGCCAGUGCUGAGAGACAUUAACCCUUGGAGCACAGCCAUCGUGGCCUUCUGAGCCCCCGGGCCCCCCGUCGGAAGGAGGUUGAGCAGCGGGGUGGCCCCGACGUGAGGCUGCGAGGACGGCCCAGGGACAGGAGGCGCUGGGCGCGGGGCGGAGACCGCGGGUGCUGCCGGGCAGCACGGACUACCCUUGGGCCCGGCCCCGCGGCGCCAAGCCUGCCUGCGGUCUCCCCUGGAGACUUGGGCGUGUGAGGCUUGUCGCCAGCGGACGAUCGUUCACUUUUGUGUAGUGUUAUGUUUGUGUACGUCUGUUCGUCUCGUUGAGUUAAGACUAUUUCGUCCUUCUGGAAUGCAUCACCCCUUUCCCAGGGCUUAGGAGAUUGGGGGCAGACAGGGACUUUCCUCUGCCGGCAGCACCGAGAAGGAAGCGGCUGAAAGCGCCGGCGCUGGGGAGUUCCCCUUUCGUACUCGGGGGAGGAAGGGACUUUACACACACCCCUCACAUGAAAGCUAGCACCGCACCGGUGCCAGGAGUGGCAUUUCCUCACAGGAUUUCCUAAAACGAGGGAUUUAGUCUGGGGUAGAGACUUGGAUUCUUUCUCUCCCCUCCCCUCCCAUCUCACUGAAAAACGUUUAUACCCUGUGAUUACUCGGGGAAAAGGGAAUAUGAGCGGCCCUUGUCUUCCCCACAGGGAAAAAAAAAAAAAAAAAAAAAAGCUUGAUGAACUUCACAGAAGAGUUCAAGCUUGGAAAUAUGGAGUUUAUAGAGAAUAGAUAUAUUUUUAAAAGCUCUAGAUCAGAACUACUACACAGUGCUUUUAAAAAGUGUUUAAUGAAACAAAAGUUUACAGACAGAAGCCCUAAGUGGAAAGACGUUAUGGUUUUGUAGAUACGGUGACUCCAGUCUUUGUUGUAUAAAGGUUGGGGUUGCUGACAACGUUUUUGUACAGUAUUUUCUCCUUCGUUGUAUUGAUUUUUGUAUAAAAAUGUAACUUUACGUGUUUAACACGUAUUAAAUAUUUUGAAGCAACUUAA